UCCAGGUUGCCGUAUGUAAUAGGCUCUUUCCCGCCUAAUUUUUCACCUCGAAGAAAACCCAACUGCCUUUCAUCCAGCAUCCUUACCGAGUCUCAAGCUAUCAACCGGAAUAAAGAAGUCCACAUCCGGUCAUCGCAGGUCGAGUACAUGGCUCCGCAGGCCGAACAACUUGCAGUUCCUAGUCAAAAAGGAGUCGUGCACAUCCGAACUCAAGGGAGCUUCGGCGGGGACGAAGUCCAAAUGACCAGCCGCGGGUGUUUCCUCAGGGAUCGCAACCAAGGGUUCGGCUGUGGCAAUUGCUUCACCGCGCAGGUCAAGGGGAUCAAAGCGAACAGUUUCGUGACGACAGUAGAAGGACUCGACCAGAAACUGAAGCACGACGUCAUCCUCUCGGAUCUCAAGAAGAUGUUGCGUUGCCGUGGGGACAUAUACAAGACGGAGGAGGCCGGCGUAGUCAUCCGACUCAACACCGACCGCACCAAGGAGGUAAAGGAUUUCCUGUGGAAAAAUGCCCUGGCAGCAAAAGACAAGAUCAUCUGUACUCCGCGCGUCUAGUGUUUUUUCCUUCUAUGUGGGUGGAACGCUUAUGAUUUUCAAGUGUGGGUGUAAAAAUACGUUUCUUGUACUUCUUAGUUGUCGAAGUAAGAUGACGGUCGGCGCUCGCGAGGUGCUCUUGGUUUAAAUAAAAAGAUGGAAAGUUUCUGAUUGACUUUUCCGGCAAUCAUUGCUUAAAAAUCGACAUCUUAAACAAGUGGCCUACUACCUUUUCUCCCGCGUUCCUGCCAAUAACAA